UAGCCCGGGCUGCUAGCACUCGUGCGUCUGUGCCUCCACAGGAGAAAGAAUAAUACUAACAGAAAGAAAUCAACUGUUGAAUUUAUUGAAGAAAGAUGGACCCUGUUAAACUUGAGAGUGAAGAUGUGAAGAUUGAAGAAGAGGCGCUUGCAGUGAAAAAAGAGGAGUCUGAGGAACAGACAGGUUCAACUCAGCCAGUUCUGCAGCCAAUGAUGGGUUUAUCUCAGCCAGUCCUGCAGCAAGUUAUUGGUUCAGCUCAGCCAGUUCUGCAGCAGAUGAUGGGUUUAAGUCAGCCAGUUCUGCAGCAGAUCAUGGGUUCAGGUCAGCCAGUUCUGCAGCCAGUGAUUGGUUUAACUCAGCCAGUUCUGCAGCCAGUGAUUGGUUCAGGUCAGCCAGUUCUGCAGCAAAUGAUGGGAUCUGCCAUCGUUUUGAGCCAGCCGCUGCAGUUGGUCCAGCAGGUCCCGCAGAACCAAGCGGCCAGGAGUGCUGUGAUGAUCGUGCGGCAGCCGGACAGGGCGCCUCAGAAAGGGGUGGACCACGGCUAUAAAUGCUUCGUCCCGGACUGCACUAGUGACAUCAGCACUCUACACACGCUCCCCGCAGACAAGAGCAGUCAGGAGGUCUGGCUGAAGUUCAUCUACGACCGCAUCCCUGCGCACGUCAACUCCAAGGUGAUGAUCUGCUCGGCUCAUUUCACUCCUGACUGCUUCACCAACCAGGGCAUGUUUCAGGCCGGAUUCGCCUCUCGGCUGAUCCUCAAAAAGGGAGCAGUUCCCACCAUACCCGCCCCAAAGAUGCUCACUCCGAAGGCGAGUACAUCACAGCCCAAGAAACCAGCAACAACGAUUCCACGUUUCUUAGACAAGUUCUGCCAGACUGAUGCUCCUGCGUUCUCGAACAAGGGAACGCAGCUGGGUGUGAGAGCACUGAGCUCCAAGGUUCGCAGCAAAGCCGUGCAGGCGUCAGUGCCGUCUAAGAGUAUUGGUACCAUCACCACUGAAAUGUGGCCCUCGCCACCCAAAAGAGCCCGCGUUGAGUACGAGGAGGAGGACGAGGAGGAGAUGGAGGAGGAUUUCCCUGAAGAGUCUGAUCCUAAAGACUCGGACUAUGAUCCUGCAGAGUCUGAAACAGCCGAAUCACCGGAUUCACCCGAUUCAGCUGAUUCAGAAAUACCGGCUGCAGCCCCAGAAGUGCCGGCCCACAAGGAUGCCAAGUUCGUGGUGUUCGAGCAGUGCCUCCUCAGCCUCUUCGAGAGGUGUCCUGUCUGCAGCAGGGCCUGUAAGGUCCGGCCAACCCGUAUGGGGACAUACAUCUCCGUGAACCAGCUGUGCCCCAACUGCGAGUUCAGCAGGCAGUGGAGCAGCCAGCCUCUGAUCGCCAGCACUCCUGUGGGAAACCUCCAGCUGUCGGCCGCCAUUUACUUCAGCGGACUCUCCUACAUCAGGAUACAGAGGAUGUUCAAGGGCAUGAACCUGAAGAUGAACCUCUAUAGCACUUUCCGAAGACAUGCCAAGAUGUUCCUUGAACCCACCAUCAUCCACAAGUGGAACCAGGACCAGAACGCCCUUCUGCAGAAGAUGAGCCGGGGCCACGAGGUCGUUCUGGCGGGGAAAAUGAGAGCUGAUUCAGCAGGAAAAACGUUGACGUACGGGAGCUACAGCAUGGUGGACUUGCAGACCAAACUCGUGGUAGACGUUCAGCUGGUGCAGAGUGCUGAGUGUGAGGGGAAGGAUCAGAUGCAGACGGAGGGUCUGCGCAGGAGUCUGGAGCGGCUGCAGGAGAGCGGAGUCAAGCUGUCCUGCCUCGUCACCGACACAAACACUCCGGUUCAAACCCUCCUGAAGGAGCGCAACAUCAGACACUAUUAUGACGUACGGCACGUCGCAAAAGGACUGUCCAAGAAGAUGGAGGACGUGUCCAAAGAGAAGGGCUGCGGUCUGGUGAAGAAGUGGAACAAGACCAUCUGCGGUCACCUGCACUAUUCCGCCACCACAUCCGAGUCUGGACAGGAGAAGAUCUCCAAGUGGAGGUCCAUCAUCAACCACCUGCAGGACGUCCACACACACGACGACCCCAUCUUCCCUCAGUGCCACCAUUCACAGCGCCUCACCAAAGACAGCAGCAGGUGGUUUCAGCCAGGUUCGAGGCCGCUGUGCAGGCUGGAGAAGGUGCUGAUGAACCAGAGAGUGCUGUCAGAUGUGGAGAUGCUGAGUCCUCACCCACAGACCUCCACUCUGCAGUCUUUCAACAGACUCGUCUCUCAGUUCGCUCCCGAAGACAUCAACUUCCCCUUCAUUGGAAUGCUCUGCAGGUUGUACCUGGCAGCCAUGCAGUUCAACGAGUGCAGAAGUGCAGUGGAGAAGACCACCGGCAGAGCCAAACAUACACACCCGCCGCCCUCUGCACACGACGAAUCCGCAAACACAGAGGAAACAUUCAGCUACAUCGCCAACCUGAUGGACCGACUUUUUGAAGAGGUGGUCCACGAUCCUGUUCCCUAUCUGGAGGUGCUUCAGCAGAUUCCUGUGCCUCAGUCUGAAGUGAACGUCUGAGCCGAAGAUGUCCGACGGCGUCAGCAGAUACUGUGUGUGUUUCUUUACUGCUAAAUCUGUUAACAUUAGCUCCUGUUCAUCUGAGCAACAGUUAGCAGUCACGUUUCUCCAUUUCUUUCAUAGAUCAGACAGCAAAGCUGUGCAAUUUACUGUAAUAAAAGUUACUUCCUGUUUACUCUACAUGUAAUGGUGUGACACACCUCAAACGCUCAUAGUGAACUCUAUUAGCCUUAAUCUUGACAUAAGAGCGGUCUGAGGAGAAAAAGGCGGGAAAAAUCCUAAUGUCACUCUUCCAUUACUCUAGCAGGACACAAAUGGUUGAAAGAAUCUCUCUCCUGUGUAGUUGUGAGAAAUAAUAGCACUAUAUAUAUAUAUUCUCUUUCAAGUUCGCCUGUAAAAAAGACAGUUCUAGAGCUUUAAUACGUUUAUAUGUAACCCAGUUUAACCCUCUUGCACUACGCGGGUUUAAAGUGACCCAGCGGACUUUAUUUUCUAUAUUUUUAUCUUUAGGUUAAGUUAGUUUCAUCACUCGGCAUUCCAGGAAACCUUAAUAUACUUGUUUUUGAUCAUGACAAGUCCUUAUUUUAAUGUUUUCUUUUGUUACAUUUGGAGUAAAAGUGACGUCUUUGUGACUCUGCUUGUUUCCUUUUCUGAAUCUCCAAAAUAAAAGUUUUUUUAAUCAUU